AGGAAGUUUAACGAACAAGAAAAAUUAUGAACCAUAGAAAAUGUUCAUUCAUUUCUUUUUUUGCACAUGGAAUAACCUGAUGCAUUGAUCUAGAAUGGCCGUCGUGGAAGUUAUUGCCGUGUGUGCCGUGCUUUCAACUAUUGCAGUAUCUGCUCAUGUCUGCACCCCCAGUAAACUAUCGGACAGAGCCUUCGAUCAGUGUGGACAAACGGGGUUCGCGAUGAAGUGUAACGGAAGGAGACUACAUUUCAUUCCUAGCGAAUAUCCUAUCCCGUCACCGCCUCUGUCAGGGCCAGCAUGUGUUCUUGACCUCAGCGAUAACAACAUAAAUGUUGUGGGAAAUGAAACGUUCACAGAAGCAAAAAAACAUGAAUUCAACUGAGAUUUCAUAUUUGUAUCUGAAUACAAAUCAUAUUUGCAGUCUAGAAGGUAACGCAUUUGUUGGACUAUCGAAUUUAAAGUAUUUAAACUUGUCACAUAACAACUUGUUGUGGAAGGACAGCUUCGCCCCAGGAGUCUUUGCGGCACUGAUUAACUUAGAAAACAUAAAUCUAAAGUGCAAUAGGUUCGACACGUUUGAUGGUCUAGAGAAAGAACUGAAACUGAUGAGAUUAGAGGGUUUAUUUAUUACACCAAGCAGUUACACAAAUAGUUAUUCAUUCGGGGAAGGCUUUCGAAAAAUUCACUUAAAGUCUUUGUACUUGUCAUCGACACCUGAAUGUGAUUGCUAUUUAAAGGAGAUAGACAACAAUUCAUUUCGAAAUCUUUUACAUAUUGAGAAACUUUAUGUGCGUGAUUGUCACAUUGCAAGCAUAACUGAAGACGCAUUGAAACCACUUAACAAAACCCUCCAAGUCUUAGAUAUAUCAGGUAAUUCAUAACUGACCUUCAAGGGCAUGAAUAAAGUACUAAGUGGUCUUAUCAAUGCAACAUCACUAAAGGAGUUGUAUGUGAAUCGCAUACAUGUUCCUUACAACCUUGGCAUAGAAAUAACGUCAGAUGACCUAAAAAGUCUAAAUACGUUACACAGUCUGGAGAAACUUUUUAUGGAUUUGAACAAAAUAGAAGUGUUUAACGAGACAAUAUUAUACCCAAACGUUAUAUUUCCUCCAUCUUUAAAACUUCUCACGCUGGCAGGCAACAGACUCACACUUGGAAAAUACGUUGAUUACUUAUAUAUGGCAAGAAAUUUAACAACUUUAGAUAUAUCCAGACAAUAUUUUGGCUUGGAUCCAUUCAUGUUUAGACAUCAUGAUGUUCUACCCCACAUCACAAGUGAAACGCCACCGGCAGUGGUUUGUGAUGAAAAAAUAAACCAGCUUAUGUCAGAAAAGAAUCAGUGGACGAUAUCAACGGGGGAUAUAUUUGGGAUUUUGUUUUGCAGAAAAUGCUUAUACCCACCGCCGAAAUCAAACACAAAAAAUCGAGGUGAUUGGGCAGCAUUGUUUGCCAACUUCCAAAACGCUUUCGAGGUCAAUUGCACGUGUACUCUUUCACUAGCCAGGAAAUUGACAUGUCUACCAGAACAGCUAUUGCACGUGCAAUGGUCUAGGAGUUAUUUGUACGGUGCGAUACCUCCAGUGUUAUUAUGUGGAGCGAAAAAUGUUGAAUUUUUGGAUUUAUCAUACAACUUCCUGUCAUCCUGGACAGGACCGGUGUUUGGUUUGCAUCAAUUAAAGACGUUGGAUUUGUCCGAAAAUAAUUGCGCAAUUAUUUCAAGACUCUUCUUUUUUGGACUUCAGAAUCUAGAAGUACUAAACCUCACAGGAAAUAUGCUACAAGAAACAUUUUACCCUACUAAUGCAGAUGCAAGUGUUAUGUUUGGAAAUCAAAAGAAAAUGAAAAUUUUGAACUUGUCAGCCAUCAAAGUCAGUGAGUUAUUCGAAGAUAAGGAUAAAUGUACAGACCUGUUAGCAAAUGUUACCACUGGGUCCGGAAAAGGACAGCCGGACAUUGACAUCGACGUAUUUAAUGGCUACGACGACGGUGAAGGCGGUUCGUCAUCGACUGUAGUCGGCGUAAAGGUCCACUAUAGCUACGACGAUUGCCUGGCUGACAUCAACACGGCGUACGUACCUCUGCAGAACGCACGGAUAUGGUGUCUCCGGGUCGUCCUCUGGCAGUAUAAGAAUGAUCUGUUUAGCGACGACUUUGCGGAGGACUUGGAAGAAGACUAUCCUUUACAGGAAUCUGAAGAAGACAAUAUCGUUGCCAGGCAACAGCGCAGCAUUCGGCAAAUAAGACGAAUUGCACCGCGCAAUAUCACGUCCCCUCGCACAGGUUUCCGAACGCGACGGGAGUACCGCACGCUCUCUGCAGAUGAAAGGGCACGGUUCCAUAACGCCUUAAACCAGCUGUAUCAAGAUCAGACGAUGCUCUGCUUUGCCUUGGUACAUAGAAUGGCAAUGAAAAGAGGGGGUGCACACGGAGGAAACGCAUUCCUUCCCUGGCACCGAGCAAUUCUUUCGCUUUUUGAGGAGGCAUUAAGACGUGUAGAUGACCGAGUGUUCCUACCCUAUUGGGAUAGUUCAUUGGAUGACAACAUGCCUGCCGGUCCUGGAUUCUCAAUUAUGUGGGACGACGAUCAUUUGGGGACUGGGUCAGGCGUAGUCGACAGCGGACCAUUUGCUGGCUGGGAAGCUCGGGAAACCCCAUUGAGGCGAGAUAUAGCCCGAGGCGUUGGUUCUCUUAUCCGCCAAUCCAGAAUUGACUAUCUCAUGGGAUUCUGUCGACUAGCGGACUUCAACGGACGGUGGGAGGGCUCUCACAAUAGCGUACACAGAUGGAUAGGUGGCACUAUGGCCCGUAGCAUGGCAGCUUCCGACCCUAUCUUCUAUAUGCACCAUGCCUUCAUUGACUACCAAUGGGAAAUAUUUAGGCAGCGGCAGAGGGAUAUUUGCGGGAUAGAUCCAGCGUCUGAUUACCCGCCAGAUAACGAUAAUAAGCCGGAGCAUAACAAGGAAGAGAGGAUGAUAGGAAUGCGUUUUCUUGAUAAUAUUGAUGGAGUCAUGGACUUUUGGACGGACGAUUGGUUUGAUUAUGAGGAUUCACCGAGUUGCUCUAACAAUUGCGGCGGAAGUCCUGAUCUAUUCUGUGAUGAAGUUAUCAAUCUGUGCGUGUCGGAAAUGAGGUUUGACAUCGGAAAAGACUUAGGGGAAAGUGGAAGGCGUAAACAACGGGAAAUCAGUCAUGACGAUAUGCUUGCAGACGGGGUUAUUCCUUAUUCUGGCGAGUGUACGAAAAAUCCAUACGGAGUUACUUGCGUUAAUCCUCCCCCGCCCACAUCGGACGAGGAGAUGAUUGAAGCUUUGGCACGAGACGAAGAGUACAAACUUCCGGAAUCGGUAAAGAAGGUCGACAAAGUCGUGCAAGAGAAUCUACAAUAUGCCAACGCUUUGCCUGUUGAGAGCGAACAGAUAAUAUUCCACGCAAAUCAGGAAGAGAGUAACGAUUGUCGGAACCUUGAGAAGUGCACAUAUGACUUAUUGAAGGCCGUCGUAAAGGGUCGCAAGAUUACUAAUAGAUACGGGAAUCACCAAACAGCUUUGACAACGACUCGUCGCCCUCGUCCUGUGACAACCACUCGUCGUCCGAGGCCGCAAAAUAAAAUUCCAUACGGUUAG